UGUUUGCAGGAGGUGGAGCUAAGAUUAGUGAGUUCAGCUGAGUUUCUUUACUCUCUCUCUUACACACACACACACACACACACUCGCACAGAUUUCUGUCUGAGAGUUGAGGAGCUGUAGGAGGUCGUCAUGAUGUUCAGGAUUACUCACUGCUUACUCACAGCAAUGAUAGUGAUGCCAUUCAGCAUAUGUAGAGGUGAGGAGUGUGAGCAGAUCACUGAUCUGAGUCUGAAAGACUCCCUACGCGGUACGUCUCUGGAGGUUCGUCUGAUUCUCUACACACGUGAAAACCGCACCUGCGGGAAGCUUCUGUCCCAUGAUGACCCAUUUGCCACACCCACUUUUAACCCUGCCCGGCCCUGCACCUUCCUAAUCCAUGGCUAUCGGCCCACUGGUUCCCCCCCUAUAUGGAUGACCACAAUGGUAGAGUCCAUCCUGAGGCGCAACGACGUCAACGCCAUCGUGGUGGACUGGAACCGAGGAGCAGCCAACGUCAACUACUUCCAGGUGGUGAAGAACACACGGCCCGUCGCUGCCAACAUCACACACUUCAUAGAGCGAGCAGGACUGAAUCUCAGUUCCAUCCACAUGAUUGGAGUGAGUUUAGGAGCUCACAUCUCCGGCUUCACUGGUGCAAAUUUUAAGGGCGCCAUUGGCAGAAUUACAGCUCUGGAUCCAGCAGGUCCGUCGUUCCGAGGAAAAUCCGAGGAUGAACGCUUGGAUCCGUCUGAUGCUCAGUUUGUUGACGCUCUGCACACGGACAUGGACGCAUUUGGAUACCGGGAUUCACUCGGACACAUCGAUUACUACGCAAACGGAGGAUCUGAUCAGCCCGGCUGUCCAAAGACCAUCUUCUCAGGUUCAAAGUAUUUUAAAUGUGAUCAUCAGCGCUCAGUGUUUCUGUAUUUGGACUCGAUGAAUCAGUCUCGUCAGAUCACAGCGUAUCCGUGUUCUGAUUACUCUGACUUCCUGGAUGGGAAGUGUUUAAGCUGCGAGCGCUUUAACUCCUCCGGCUGUCCAGUGUUUGGUUACGAUGUGACCGAAUGGAAGGACGUUCUGCUGAAGCUCGGACAGACGACGACGUUUUUCACCACAAACCAAAAAGAGCCGUUCUGCAAAAGCGGAUAUAAGCUGGAGAUCGUGAGCUGGAACUCUGAAGUGCGAUGGGGCUCCAUCACCAUCACGCUAAAGAACAGCGCAGAGGAAACAGAGACUCGGAUUGACCACAAGUCGUUUAAAUUCGAGCAGUACACUGAGACGACGUUGCUGGCGCAGUUUGAGCAAGACGUCUAUCCUGUGCAGAAAAUCACACUGAAGUACGUGACGGCGAGCGUGUUUACACCUCGCUAUAAACUCCGCGUCCUCCGCUUCCGCCUGACUCCUCUGAAGCGUGGCCUGAGACCGAUGUGCCGCUACGAUCUUCUGCUGGAGGAAAACAAAGACGUCACUUUCAGACCCAUUCCCUGUCACGACUCAAACUUCUGAUCCCGGGACAGAUGCAGAGCUCCGACCAGCACACAGUCUGAGUGUACAACCGAUCAUCACUCUCUCUCUCUCUCACUCACUCACUCGCUGUGCUGUGUCUCAAAUCACGCCAUACACUCUUACACUGCACACUCUGUAGCUCACUAUCAUGUAGCUCACUAUCAUGUAGCUGUCUGUAACUCCGCAAAUCAAACCUUAAUUUCCACCUAACAGAAACGACCAGCUCAGGGAACCUCACACCACUGAGCUGCCCUGAGAUUCACACAACAGGAACCAGAACAGGAAUGGGACCAGAACCGCGGGAGAACCAGAACAGGAAUGUGAGUAGGACAGGACAGAUGAGGUACAAGAUCAGAGCCGGAACCAAAACAGGACGAGAAUCAGACCAGGAACAGUACUGGAACCAGCUUAGGGGCAGGACAGGAUAGAACAGGAAUGGAACCAGAACAGCAACAGGACUAAAACCAGAACAAGAACAGCACAAGAACCAGAACAGCAACAGAUCAGCUGCAGAAGCAGAAAUGAUCAGAAGAGCAGCAGGAGAACCAGAACCAGAAACAUUUCCUACCUAAUUUGGUCCUGUUCUGGUUUCUGUUCUGUAUUUGUCUGUGCUAAUGUAGCGCUGUUCUGGUGGCUCCGCCCCUUCCUUGAUGUUCCACACUUCAUUUCUCUGUGGUUCUUGCACAUCAUCGUGGUGUUCACAGUGCACUUCACCUCACUGAGUCUCCCUGAGUGAGCACACUAGUGCACUAGCAGUACAUGAUUUGAGACACGGCCCUGGAUCUGUCUCAGACACGCCAGAUUUCAUUUUCUAAACAAUAAGGCAGAAAGUCACAAGUGCCCUAUUUCUGGGAAUGUAAAUAAAUAAAUAAUAAUUAAUCACUCUUUAUGCUCAGGUGCUGUGAAAACUGGUGUAUAUUAAAGGGAUAAAUAAUCUGAAUAUGAUAAAAUAUCAACGACUGUGUUCAUGCGUACAGUGAAGUAGGAUACAGUAUGAAAUAUUAUUCUUUAAGAAUAUGAAAUGUGGCUUUUAUCUUAAACAGCUUAUUUUUUGGUAACUUUUGUAUUUAUUUUAAUUUAUUUAGUAUGUACAGACAUUAUAAUUCUGAUCUUUUUUAAAUAAAUGUUUCUAAUAAAACAGUCUUAUUUUUAAAUUUA